AUGCAACCAUUUAAAUAUCCAUUUGCAAUGCCUUUGAAUUAUCAAUAUCCAGGUGCACCUGCUAUUCAUCCUCAAGCGACAACACCUCAGAAUAUCACACAAGACUUGAUUGUAAAGCAAAAGGCAAGAACCGUUCCAACACUUUUCAAACCGAUCACCAUUAGAAAUCAGACAUUGAAGAACAGAGUCGUUGCUUCACCGAUGUGCCAGUACUGUAGUGUCGAUGGAUUCAUGAGUGAUUGGCACCUGGUACACUACGGUACAUUUGCCAAAGGUGGAGUAUCGAUGAUUGUGUUCGAAGCAACCGCCGUUCUACCAGAGGGUAGAAUCACACCACAAGAUUCAGGUCUAUGGAAAGACGAACAAAUCGAACCAUUAAAAAGAAUAGUUGAUUUCGUACAUCAAUUUAAUACUUUGGCAUCAAUACAAAUUGGACAUGCCGGUAGAAGAGCAUCGACUAUUCCAUUGUAUUUGGACAAUGCCAAACAUUAUAUUGGCGAGGAACAAGGCGGUUGGAGUCAAAUCGAUGCUCCUUCACCGUUGUUGUACGGACCAGAGAUGAUAGUGCCACACGAACUUUCGGUGUUUGAAAUCGAGUCGAUCGUUCAAUCGUUCAAAGACACUGCGAUCAGAGUUGAAAAGGCUGGAUUCGAUGCACUCGAGAUUCACGGUGCUCACGGAUACUUGAUCAAUUCAUUCCUCUCACCACUCUCCAAUCGUAGAACCGACGAGUACGGUGUCGAUUUCGAAGGAAGAAUCAAAAUACUCACUGAUAUCGUCAAGGCAAUCCGUACGGUAUGGAGCAAGAUCCUAAUGGUGAGAAUCAGUGCCGAGGAGUGGAUCGAAGGUGGAUGGACACUGGACGACUCGAUUCAACUCACCAAGAUUCUCAAGGAGUUGGAUGUAGACAUACUGGAUGCAUCGUCCGGUGGAAACAGUGCCGAUGCUAAAAUACCGUUCGGUCCGUUGUUCCAGGUUCCUCUGGCAGAGGGAAUCAAAAGAGAGGUACCCGAUAUAAUCACAUCCACCGUUGGAUCGAUCAAAACCGUUGAACAAGCAAUGUCAAUCAUCGACGAUGAUCGUGCCGACCUCGUAAUGCUGGGAAGACCACUCCUAAGGGAUCCAUUCUGGGUAUUACAUUCAGCGGCAUCUAUUAAAUUGGAUCUCGAUCAAGCACUCCAAUAUAAUUUAGGUAAAGAUUAUCGUUAA